GCGGCGCCCGUGUAAAUUGAAAGCUCUGAGCGUAUGACUAGCCUCAACUCUACCUCCCACUCGAUCCCCGUGCAAAGACUGCGUGCGUGGGUUAGUGUGGGUGCAGAGAGCGAAUUCAUCAUAAAAGCUGCAGUUUUUCAAAAGACGUCUCCGUGCGCACCUAUCUACGUCGUUCAGCAUUACAACGAAUUCCUUGUGGUUUUUAAGGAAAAUCGUCUGUUUGAAACCGGCCUUUCCCCCUCGGAUAACUCUUUUCUCAUAAGGAAAGUACUGUUUAUGGUUUUGUCUGGAGCUUCCAAUAUGUCUCGUACCGACGAGGUCCAUCGCAUAACGGAGAAUGUCUACAAGACCAUCAUGGAGCAGUUCAACCCCUGUCUGCGGAACUUCGUUGCCAUGGGGAAGAACUACGAGAAGGCACUCUCCAGUGUGACGUUCGCUGCAAAGGGCUACUUCGACGCUCUGGUGAGGAUGGGCGAGCUGGCCAGUGAGAGUCAGGGCUCGAAGGACCUUGGGGACGUGCUGUUUCAGAUGGCCGAAGUUCACAGGCAGAUCCAGGUGCAGCUCGAAGACAUGCUGAAAUCCUUCCACAACGAGCUGCUGACGGAGCUGGAGAAGAAGGUGGAGCUUGACGCCCGUUACCUGACCGCCGCUCUGAAGAAGUACCAGAUGGAGCACAAGAGCAAAGGCGAGAGCCUGGAGAAGUGCCAGGCGGAGCUGAAGAAGCUACGCAGGAAGAGCCAGGGCAGCAAGAACCCGGCCAAGUACGGCGAGAAGGAGAUGCAGUACGUGGAGACCAUCAGCAGCAAGCAGGGUGAGCUGGACACCUUCAUCGCGGAGGGCUACAGGACGGCGCUGUCCGAGGAGAGACGACGCUACUGCUUCCUGGUGGACCGGCAGUGCGCCGUGGCCAAGAACAGCAGCGCCUACCACGGCAAGGGGAAGGACCUGCUGACACAGAAGAUCCCCGUGUGGCAGCAGGCGUGCUCCGACCCCACCAAGCUCCCCGAGCGGGCCCUGCUCCUGGCCCAGCAGAUGACCUCCGGGGCGGGGGCGCUCCUCUCUAGCCCCCUGCGCUCCUCCAAGACCAACCUGAGCAUCUCCGACCCCAUCCCCGGAGCCCAGCCCCUCCCUGUGCCCCCCGAGCUGGCUGCCUUCAUGGGCAGCGGGCUCGGCCACCAGGCGAGGCUGAUGGGACCGGAUGGGAUGUCCAUGGUGAAUGGCUCCACAGGUGUGCAUGGUGAGGAGUACCAGCACUGGGGGGAGGGGACGGUGGCGCAGGUCAGACCCUCCUCCCCCCAGCCGCAGUCCCAGGCUGCUCCCCAGAGGCAGGUCAGCGAGGUGUACUCCAACACCCUGCCCGUCCGCAGACCUGUGCCUGCCAAGACCAAAGCCUCCGCAGUGGAGACUCGAACCCUGCCCAGGUCCAGCUCCAUGGCAGCCGGUCUGGAGCGGAACGGUCGAACCCGAGUCCAGGCCAUCUUCUCCCACACUGCGGGGGACAACAGCACCCUGCUGAGCUUCUCCGAGGGCGACGUCAUCACCCUGCUGGUGCCCGAGGCCCGCGACGGCUGGCACUACGGCGAGAACGAGAAGAACAAGAUGCGGGGCUGGUUUCCUUUCUCUUACACACGCGUGCUGCCAGACAGCGACAGUGAGAAGCUCAGAGUCAACCUGCACCAUGGGAAGAGCAGCAGCACAGGGAACCUGCUGGAGAGGGAGGACAUGGUGCUUCACACGCCCGACUACGGCCUGAGCGCCCGCAUGCUGGCACAGAGCCUGGCGCAGAGCAGGCCCCGCCCCUACAGCAUGGCCGUGCCGGGCUUCGCACAGGUGGGCACGCUGUCACACGCACCUGCACAGCCAGGGGUCGAUGACUAUGACAGCCGAUUUCCUACAAGUGGUCCAGAGUUAUCCCGAUUCUGAGUGACAAGGAGCCCCUGUAAGUGACCAGCCUCCUUUGCUGUCUCCGUUCAGCCAACCAAUCACGCUCUCUCCUUCUCUCGCUCUCAUUUGCUGCCUCACUGGGGGGGUGGGGAUGGGGCUGGGCUUAGCCACUUUUUUUUUCUUCCCCUGGCCUAUGGUCUCUCUCGACUGCCAUUCAGUGAAUUGUGAUGUCAUUUCGUAUCUGCCAAUCAGCCAGUCGGGGGAGGUCAUUGGUUGUAAAUUCAGAGCGGCUUGUUGGCAGGGGUGACUGGUUACGUGAGGCCUCACAGUGGGUGGAGCUGCCAUGUGCUGUCAACCGAAACGUUGCUUUCCCUCGCAAAACGCAGUGAUUGGUUGCAGAUAGCACGUGGUCACCGUACCCAUUUUGGGGCUCACAAACCCUCACCCUCCCAUUGCAAGAGGAGACCAUCUGAGCACAUGUAUAAAUCUGAACUAAUCUUGCAUGCUCAUCUUUUCAAAGCAAAUCAAAGCAGCUGGUGACUUGUGUAAUUACUGGUAGAUUUUUUAAAAUCAUUUGCAUGCUUGCUUUUAUACAUACUAACAAAAAUCUCCAGGGAUCCUUUCUUUAACUAAUAAACACACACACACACACACAAAAUGACUGCUGGAAAGCGCAGUAACAGGUGAGUAAAGGUAGGGGGCCUCGCUUGUCACUCUUGAACGCAGAGAUUGCUUUUAUCUCGGGGUUCUGGGUGUGUGUUCAUGUCCGCAGCGGGACGAGGGACGGAGGGCCCCGCGCCAGCCACGGCUCACCUGGGCAGCCUGUCACCUGAUGCAGUUUUAGGACUGCCCUGGAACUCAACUAACACACAUUGUUCCUCCCUUCCACCCCCUCCC